UUGAUAAAAAUCAUCUAAUUUUUGAAAGGAGCAUAGUUGUCAAACUAUACAAAUAUUUGGGGAUUUUUGCUGUGUUGAAGUGCACUGGUCUCUUAUCUGUAUUUAAUUAACCAGAACACAUAUAUCGCUAUCUUUCUUAACGGCCACCAAAAUUAAUAUUGGCCACCCUGCGUUGUUAUGGUAACAGUCAGCUGGUAUGACAACAAUCCCUAGUUACGAAUGUGCCAGAAAAUGACAAACUAAUUUUUAUUUUUUUAUAUAAGUGAUUAUAAUCUUUUAUCGAUUUUAUAACUUACGUUGAUUUUCAGCAGAUAAUGAAUGAAAUUCCGGAAUUGAAGGACGAUUUAGAUUUUUUAAAAAAAUUCGACCCUCACGGUAAGGUUUGGAAGGAAUUUGAUGUGCUAGCCACACAGUUGAAAGAAAAAGUACGUACUAAUUUUCUCUUGCAUCCUAAAAGGUUAAGCUCUGACUCCGAAUGUUCAACAAAUGUGAAUACGCCAAGAAAAUUUCUCAGCGGGACUAAUUUAAAUAAAUUAGGAUUACUCGAACUUAAUAACAAUGUUCACAAACCUCUUAAUGACCGCACAACUUAUACGUGUAAGACAAUGGAUACUGAAAAGCCUGAAAAGUGUAGCAAUGAAACAGAAAUAGAUGAUAAAGUGGAGCUUAAAACAUCCACAAAGGUGGUAAUAGCCAAGAAAUCAUCUAAAACGGUGAAUUUUAAUCAGUUGGAGACUUUUAACAAAAAAUUUAAAACUCUUGUGGAAAGAUCUUUAAAAUUUCUCACCAACAUUCGGAUGAUGAUAGAGGAAGGAAUUGCACCCCCAGAUGGUGAGGAGGAUUAUUUUCGGAGAACGAGACGUCUGCAAGAAUUUUCGGCCCGGUUUUCGCGAAUUUACCUUUAUCCUUUAUUACGUCAAAUGGAUGAAUUGAGUUUACCAGAAAAAUUAGGAGCAAGUGUUGUUAAUCAAAAGUUCCUCUAUGCGCAACAAAUCAUUUUACAAGGUUUACAAGCAUAUUAUUCUCAUCUGCCCAGUUCUGUAGGUAAAUGUGGUUCAGAUAAACUUAAAUCGCUUUUAGACCAAAUUAUGUAUCUGUGUCAUUUAUAUGAAUUGUUGAAGAAAGAUUCGAAUCCUGAAAAUUGGGAAUUUGUAAAUGCAAUGCGUUGUCAUGUUGAAUUAUUAUUAGAAACAAUAACAACAUUUGAUUUAAAAUUAGCGGCCAAAAACACUAACGUGCAAACUGAAGUUAAGAAAAAAGGAAGUAGACUCAUUCGGCCUAAUAAGUCGUCACAUUUUAAUAAAAAUAAAUCAAAAUUGUCUAUGUAUAUAACAAAUUCUGCUUUCAAGAAAGAAUUAGAGAUUAGAAAAGGUCUAGAUGCUUUAAAAAACAAAAAGUGUAUUGUUAAAUCAAGAUAUAGAACGGCGGGUUUUAAACAUAGACCACCACUCGAAAAACAAGUAGCUACUAAUGCUCCAAACAAAAUUAAGUUAUUUAAUAAAAGUACUUCUGGGUUAUUAAAAAAUUCUUCAAGGGAGAUGCCGAUUAGAGAAGACGAUAUCAAAACUAUGGUUGAAAUAGAUUCGGACUUUGCAGCGCCACCAAAUACAAGAGAGAAUCACAAUCACGAAAACAUUGCUUCAGACACACAGCAACUGGUACAAGAUAAUGAUCGAAAGCUCAACGAUGGGUUGGAGGAUGAGAACGUGGACAAAGCCUUAGAUGUCUUGCGGAAGUUUUUUGGAAAUUCCCCGAAAAACAUUCAGGCAGACUUUUUAGAAAAAAUCGCUAGCGAGGUUGAUAAAAGAAAAGAGGGAAGAGGAAAUAAUCAGAAGCACAGCGAUCAGCCUAAGAAAAAGUUAAAAGAGCCUGUUAUGACAAUUACGGGAGCCAAAAAUGCCAAACUAAUUUGUAUUAGAGAUGACAAUUCAUUGGUCGACAGUGACGAACUUAGUAAAAUAGACAAAGAAGUCAUGACAGAGAAAGAAGUGAAGCAAAUAUCAUCUGGAACACAGACUGAAUUAAAACAAGACAAACGAUCAAACAAAUCGACCAUAAAAAUUAGUCGACUUCCAAGACAUACCAGAAAACCGCUGACAUUGUUAUCCAAGGAUUAUGCAAUUAAUAUUAUUCAGUACAAGUUGCGAUAUAAUCAUUUUCAUAAACACAAUCCCAUGUAUAGGAAGUCGGUGCACAUCCAACCUUGGGUACUAAUGGGGAAGAUUUCCGAUGACAUUUUCAACUAUACUCUACAGUCCGUCACAGAGGAAUUAGAGGUGAAUGAAAUUCUUGUAAACUUAUACAACGCAGAAUUUCAAUACUAAUUUUAUUUUUUUUUUUAUACUUUUGUAAUAAAAUAAAUAAAACAAUUAUUACCUAUAA